GAAAAUCAAGAAAACGGUACCAAGCACCCUAAAUGUACGUAUUAAAGUAAGUAACCCAAACGACAUUCCUUCGUGAUUUUCGGGAAAUGACCAAACAUAGAGUGGAACAAUGCCAUGUUCCUGUCGUUCUUGUCGUAUGGAGUUUAUCGGAUUGACUAAAAUGCAUCUAAUGAAAUCGUAAAAAUUGCAACAUGUCUCUAAUGGAAUGGAAACAAUCUCAUUACCACGGCGCUCUGAGGGGUCAUUUGAUGGCACUAGCCACUGCGUGUGAUGAUCUGUCACAGAAAAGGAUACUGGACAGAAAAUAUUCACCCGUUAUUCCGGUGGCGACCAGGACGCUAAUUGUUUGUCCGCAGUAACAGCAGCCGACAUUGAUUGCCAGUCGUCUGCCUGCUGAAGAUAAAAAGGGCGCGGGCGGGAAAAUUAUUCACUACUUAAAAUUUAUCAUACUUUGUAAUGUUCUCUGUUCGUUUAGAAUGUGUAACCACUACGAAACAUAACUCGAUAUGAUUAAUAUAAAACGGCAGAGAAAGGACAGAGAGAUUCCAGGAAUUAAGCGCUUAUUGCCCAAAGCCAUACAAGUUUCAGGGAUCAUUGUCAAUCGAUGCCUGUCAAUUUGCUGGUUUAUUUGAUUUUAACACUUUUUGAAUGUCGUGGAAAUUGCUGUUUGCGCACGCAUUAAACAUAUCUAACACCGAAAGAAACGGGGAAUCUGGACAACUUUUUUUUCUACUUUUGUUGUAAAAAACGAAGAGGCAAUAUCAAAGGAGUAGGAUGGCGGGUUUGACGAAGCUUGUAGUUUCCUUGUUUAGUUACCUCCUGAUGCUCAAUCAAAGACUCGCUACUUCCAGUGAACUCUGUAAAUCUAUCUGUUCGUGUGUCAUUGUUAAGAAUACAAAUAACCUGAGUACAGAGGCUAUCGAGGUCAACUGUCAAGGUAACGGCCUUGAAACAUUUCCCAACUUGACCGAAUACAAAGAUGUGGUGAUAAAACGUUUGGAUUUAGGAAAUAAUUCAUUCUCAAAACUUAGAGUCAGUCCUGAUUUCUUUGAUGGUGCUGUAAUUCAAGAAUUGAAUUUGGACAACAAUCUAUUUUCAAAAAUAGAAAAUAAUGCAUUCAGUAACAUAAAGGAACUCAAAAAAUUGACCUUGAGCAAUUGUGGCCUUGGAUCAGCUGAUUUGACCUUUCUACGAAACAUUCCAAAAGUAUCAUAUUUAUCUCUAAGGUCAAAUAGAAUACAAGAGCUUAAAGAUUCCAGUGGGUUCGAGGGGUCGCCGAUAGAAGAACUCGAUCUUAGUUACAAUCCCAGUAUCAUUAUUCAUAUAGAAGUUUUAAAAGUUUUAGCACCGACCUUGACCCACCUACGUAUGGAUUACACCAAUGUAGACAUUUCUAAUGUUCAGUUUUUAGAUGGAUUAGGUAAACUGAAGUUAUUUUCAAUGGAAGGUGCUCGUUCCUCAAAGUAUAACAGCAUUCAACAGAAAGCAUUCUAUAACCUAAGUCUAUCGAGUCUGGAAUCGCUUACAUUGUCCAAGUCUGGAUUGAAGGUCGUAUUUCGAAAAGCCUUUGAUGGACUUGACGGGUUGAAGUAUCUGGACCUUUCUGGAAACGAAUUGAAUAACCAAGUCUUUGGCGCUACGGGUACCAUACCUAGUCUAGAAGUGCUGAAAUUAUCAUACAAUCCAAGUAUACAAUCCAUAUUGAAAAUCCCUAACAGGAGUUUGACGGAGCUACACAUGGAAGGAACAGGGGUGAAUCUCAUUUCUUAUGACGCGUUCCGUCUGAUAGGGGACUCUCUUGUCACCCUUAACCUUCGAUCUUGUCAACUUCCACCAGAAGGUAUGUUUCUCGUGGAUGCAUUCAGGGCACUUAGGUCGCUGAGAAAAUUGGACAUAUCUUAUAAUUACUUGAAGGAAAUAUUCAAUGAAACAUUCGAUGAAAUGAAUAAACUUGAGGAACUUGAUUUAAGUGGAAAUAUUAUGAAGUUUAGUAAAACUGACUUCAGUGGUAUUGAGGAAUCAUUGAAAACUCUUAAAUUACAAAACAUGACAUUAACAGUUCUACCAUUAGAAGCACUGGCCUCUUUAGAAAAUUUGGAAGAACUGGAUGCCCCAUUCAACAAUUUUACAAAUAUCUCCAAGAAUUUUUUUGGAAGCUUAUCUGUGAAAAAAUUGAAUUUGACAAGUUGUAACAUUUCUGAAAUCCACGUGGAAGCAUUUGCCCGAUUUAAUAAAACCAAUGUAAUUUUGGAUGAUAACAAUAUUACCAGUAUUGACUUUCUUAGCUUUUUAUCCCACAAUACAUUUCGAACAUUAACCAUGCGUAAUAAUAAAAUCAACUGUAGCACGCUCAAUCAAGUUCACAUGGUAGUUUUCGAAAACUUAGAAGGUCAUUGUGUCAUUGGGAAUCAUUCGAAACAACUCAGUGUAUACUUUACUGAACAACUCAACAUGAGAGCAAUCAGUUCUUGUUGUAAAACUGAAUGGAGCCACCUCGUGAUUUUUACCAUUGUAGCAAUUAGAAUAUUCAGAGAGCGAGUUUUUUUGUAAAUCAAAACCUGCUAAUUCUCAUGAUACAUGAAAUGCAUUUCCAAACAUAGAUUGAAAAAUGGCAUUUUUAUCCAGAUUAUUUUUUCGUGCGUAUUUGUAUAUGAUAAGAAGAAACAUUUGUCUUGGUGCUUUUAAAAUGUGUAGAAAUAUUAUUGACAAAGAUUUUGAGAAGAAUUUAAUCAAUAUUUUACAAUACGGUUUUUAAAUUAUAUUCAGAUUUUGUCUUCAUUUAUUAAAAAAGGUCCUUUUAAGAUUAUUUUUUGCAUUUGUGUCGAAUUAAACUUUUUUAAUAAUCAGUUCAUUUCUUAGAAUAUUUCGUAAGGAUUUUUCUGUUUGAAUUGCGGGGUUUAUUGGUGUGUAAAACACAUACACGUACGCCUAUUUCAAGAAGCGUGCUAGUGCUUUAUGAAAAUUAUAUAAAAUAUACUUUCAUGCCAAUGCAAGUCAGAAAAUAUUCAAAAAUAAAACAAAUCUCUAUUUUUUUUUACAUUACAAGGCUUUAAAAAGAAACAAAUAUACAACCAGUACUUGUAUUGGCCAUAUUGUAAUGUCACAAUAACAGUGUUUUAAGCUUGAAUCUUAAGGUUUUGAAAGAUUAGUCUCAUAAAGAUCUUGUUCUACAACGGUGUGUGCAAACAAGUUGUCGCACGGUUUGCAAAUAUGGUGAUAUACAAUUUUCUUUUCUUGCAGAUACGGUAAUUUUUUUGUAUAUAUAUUUUUUUAAAAUAGUAAAUGUAGAAAUUCUAAUGUCAACAUUUCUAUUCUGUAUUGUAUCAUAUAAAUUCUGAUAUGUUUUUGACAAAAUUAUGCAUCCCUCGUUUUGUAAAAUAUGACUUGCCUUCUUUCGCUGGACUUGUUUUUCACAGUGCUGUGUUGCUAUCAUGAACCUAUUGAUUUUUCUUAAAUGAUACCAGAUUUUAUCAAU